AUGUACGAAGGGAUUGACAACCUGAAAUCCCUUUACGACCGUGCCGGUAAAACUUUCUCCGGUGGUCCUUCUGCUACACAGGAUGUGCCGCGUCGUACUGCUCAACCAGACCCAGUACGUCAAUCAUCAGUUGGGAGCGGGGCUCCCAAGUAUCCCAGGACGGGGGAUAACCGCGCCACCGCACGAGGUAACUCGUCCGACAUCCGUUCACAUCGCGGCGGUUCAACAGCUCCUCAACCAGAUAGCGCUGGCCACCGCGAGAGUCCUCCAAUGGAGGUGGAGGAGGAGGGAAAACGCUCUCCACACGAUCGUGGGGGAGCGUGUGUCCCCGAGAGCAUCUUUGAUCGCGUAACUCAUGCGUUGCGCGGCGACCUCGAGCAUGAGCGGGAUAGGCGUCUUCAACUGGCGGACAAUGUCUCGAAGCAUCGAGCUGAGUUUGCCUUUGCUCAGCUUGAGAGAACAAGAGGGAUUUGA